CUUGCCUGCACAGCCUGUUCGCUCCUCGCCCUCUCAAGCCAACCUCUGCGCCCACCCGCCAUGCCCACCGAGUUCACCACCACCGACGCAGGCGUGCGCCGCAUCACCAAGGUCGACCCGAACGAGGCCCUCGACAAGCCCAACGACCCAAAGACGUUCCUCCUCCUUUCCGGCGUCAACCACGCUCUGUUCGGCAAGCGCGACGCCAAGCAGUACGGCACGACCACGCUCGCCCAGAUCGAGGAGCGCGUCACCAAGCUCGGCAAGGAGCUCGGCGUCGACAUCGUGUGCGCCCAGACCGACUACGAGGGCGAGAUGUGCCAGCUCAUCCACUACUCGCGGUGCCUCGGCGGCGUCAUCAUGAACCCUGGAGCAUGGGCGCACUACUCGUACGCGCUGCGCGACGCCAUCGACGCGUGUGACUCGCCCGUCGUCGAGGUCCACAUCUCGAACGUGCACGCCCGCGAGGAGUUCCGCCACAAGUCGGUGACGGCGCCCGUGUGCGCCGGCAUGCUGAGCGGGUGCGGCGUCCUCGGCUACGACCUUGGGUUGCGGUGCGCGAUCGAGCGGAGGAGCGAGAGGGACGCGGCCAAGAAGGCGUAGACGUCCGAGCGUGUAUCGACUAUUGAGCGCGCG